AUGAAAUUAGUCGCACGGACGUCGACGAUCCGAGGACUGUAUUUUUUACUUGAGACUUUUGAAUUAGAUUGCAAAAGAAUGGAAAUAGUUAGUUGCUUUUGCCGGAGAACGGCAUUGAUAAGAGUUUUGGAGAACAGGCAUUAUACGGUCUUAAGGCUAUUCUACAUUGAUAGAUCGUAUCAUAGACAUCGCAAGUCACAAGCUUGUUGCUUCAGCCAAUCCGAUGCUUCAAUUUUAAAGUCGCAUGAUGCUUAUGACGCUACGAUUCGACCAAUUAAACUGGAGGAGCCGACAACGCGGCGAGAUGACGACGACUUCUCUCUGGUAACUGUAACAAGCGUUUCCCUCCAGAGCACAGGCAGCACUUUCACUGGAUCAGUCUACACAAAUUGGGAAGAGAAAUUCGCCUGUCAUUCAUUACAGGGCCGAGGUUGCGUUUUCAGCUAUCGAAAGAGAAGGACUCACUUUGGCGAUGGAGUCUUCAGCGCACCAGCUGGCGUCUGUCCGCGUCAUGUUACUUCGUCAGUCAUUCGUCGUAAUACAGGUGAUUCUCGGCUUGUGUUUGUUUGGCCGCAAAAAACUAGCCGGAGUCGACUCUCGAAUGUCCUUGUGCCCCUUCUACGUGGUAUCCUAGUUGGACUAUUAUUCAUAGACACUCUUCAUCUAUGGCCUGGAGAAUUCUUACCUACAUGUCUACCGCCAACCAUGCCAAUUACUUUACCGCCGGUUAAAUGUAACGUCAUUGAGCCGCGUUGGUAUGAUAAUAACUGA